UUUCCCAGUGACGAGUUAUGUAAAUUCAUUUUUACAAACACAACAAACUAAAUGUGUUUUUAUAUCCUCUCCACAAAACUUAUUUUUGCUUAUUUUUUUAUUUUAUCAGAAUGUAACUUCACUGAAAGGUCAAGCGUAAUCUCUUUGUAGGUGACCAACUUUUGACAACAAACGACAAGAGACAGAAGUGUGCAGUGUAUAAUAAAUUAUUAAAAUGUUGAAUUAAAUUUCGACGGUAAAAUAAUUUUGUUAACAAAAAUAGUGCCAUUUUGUGUUGAAAAUACGUGAACAAUUAAAAAUGAUUUCGAAAAUAUUUAUUUUAGUUUUUUUAAUAAACAAUUUAAUAAUUAUAAAUGCAAAUCAACAAAAAGUGAUUAGUCCAGAUGAUUUUGGACGCCUUCAAAAACAAAUGAAUUCUGUAAAUCCAUCAAAUAAUUCUGCUCUUAAUGUACAGGAACAUUUGUUUAAUCCAAAUAGUCCAUAUGCAAAAGCUCUUGAAGCUAUAUUUGGAAUUGGAGUUCGUUUACAAUUGCUACUGGAAAAAACCGAAGCUAACAAGAAAAAUUUCUUAGUAUCCCCAUUAAGUAUGGCAGUAACCGUUGGUGAACUAAUGUUAGGAGCUCGUGGUGAUUUACGAAACUAUUUAGCUGAAUUAUUAAUAAUUGACGGCGCAAAUUCAAUUACUGAUAAAACUGCUAUUGGUGAAAAAAGGGAAGACAUCCCCUUACUCAAUAUUCAUCAACAACUUGGAACGCUCCUUCGAGAUCUUCAACAACAUGGUGAUUUAGAAAACACAUAUAUUUUAGAGACAGCUAGUGCGUUAUUUUUGCAACCUGAGUUACAUUUAAAUAAAUUAUUCGAGGACAGUAUUCGAAGUAUUUACGAUACAUCGAUAAUACCAGUUAAUUUUAGCACAGACCCACUUGGAUCGUUUAAAUUCAUAAACAAUUGGGCAACAAAAAGCACACGAGGUAAAAUUAAUCAAAUAUUACCAGCUCCACUACCUGUAACUUCCUCGGCUGUGUUAGCGAAUGCAAUAUAUUUCAAAGCAGAUUGGGAAACUCCAUUUAGUGAUGAGCUAUCUGCUGAAGGUAUUUUUCAUACAGCUCAAAAUGAAUCAGUGAAAGUAACAUAUCUUCGAGGGCAAUUCGAUAUAUCCUACGUCGAAAGUAAAGAAUUAAAUUGCUCGAUGAUUGUUUUACCAUAUAAAAAUAAGAAAAUGUCAAUGUAUUUAAUACUACCAAAGAAAGGUACGAAAUAUGAAUUCGACUUAAAAAGUUUUACAACAAGUUUACGGUCCAAAGACAUCAUCGAUUUAAUUAAACUUACGCAAUUACGAAGUGUUCGUGUUAUUUUACCAAAAAUUAAUUUAUCAAGUACAAUUAGUUUAUUGGAUCCGCUAAAAAAAUAUCAAGAAUAUAAAAAUGAACUUCAAAAAAUGCCAAAACUACUUAGUAAAUAUUCUUCGAAACCGUUAACAAAUAAAUAUGAUAUUUUGGAUGAAAAAAUCGAUACAUAUAAAGAUAUCGAAAAAGAAAUCAGUUUAGAUUCGCGUGUGGAUAUUACUGUUGGUACCCAAAAAGAUCCAAUUGAUCUAAGUGGUGCUUCAUUGGAUGCUCGAUUUAAGUUAACUGAUAUUGUUCAACAAAUGUCACUGGCCAUAAACGAAAAAGGAACAGAAGCGGCUGCCAUAACUGCUAGUACAAUUUCAUUAUCGGGUGGUAUUAAAAAUUUUGAAGCAAAUCGACCAUUUAUGUUCUUUAUUCGACAUGAAAUGACUGAAGCAAUUCUAUUUUGGGGUACAAUUGUGAAUGCUGCCCACUAAACAAUAAAAGUAAAAUUGAACAAAUUUUGUGAUAAUUUAAGUUGA